AAACCAAAGACCACCACCACCACGUGUAUCUGAUAAUUCUUUCACGCAAAAACCUCACACAGACACAAAACAAGUGUGGUAGUUGGAACUUUCAUGGAAAAGAUGGAAGGGAUGAUGCAACUACCGUACAACACAACAGUGAAGCUGAUGCUCGGUUCACUCGAACGCAACCUGCUUCCUGACGCCGUCAUCAGAAGACUCACACGCUUGCUUUUGGCCACUCGCCUUCGAUCUUCUUACAAACCUUCUUCUGAACUUCAGCUCUCUGAUCUUCUCCAGUUUGUACAUUCUUUACAAGAGAUGCCUAUUGCUGUUAGUACUGAUAAGGCGAAAUCUCAACAUUAUGAAUUACCAACCUCUUUCUUUAAGCUUGUUCUUGGAAACAAUCUCAAAUACAGUUCUUGUUAUUUCUCUUCUGCCUCGAAGACGCUGGAAGAUGCUGAAGAAGAAAUGUUGAAACUGUAUUGCGAGAGAUCUAAUCUGAAAGAUGGUCAUACGGUUCUUGAUGUUGGAUGUGGUUGGGGUUCGCUGACUUUAUACAUUGCCAAGAAUUACAGUAAUUCUAGGGUUACAGGAAUCUGCAAUUCCACAACUCAAAAAGCUUUUAUCGAGGAGAAAUGCGUGGAGCUGCAGCUGCAAAAUGUGGACAUCGUUGUUGCGGACAUUAGCACAUUUGAAAUGGAAGCUUCUUACGACAAAAUAUUUUCCAUAGAAAUGUUUGAGCAUAUGAAGAACUAUAAAGAUCUUCUAAACAAGAUAUCCAAAUGGAUGAAAGAGGAUGGCCUUUUAUUUGUUCAUCAUUUCUGCCACAAAGCAUUUGCAUACCACUUUGAGGACAAAAAUGAAGAUGAUUGGAUUACGCGAUACUUCUUUACUGGAGGGACUAUGCCUGCAGCAAAUCUGCUUCUUUAUUUCCAAGAUGAUGUUACUGUCGUCAAUCAUUGGCUUGUAAAUGGGAAACACUACGCGCAGACCAGUGAAGAGUGGCUUAAAAGAAUGGAUAAGAACAUGGCUUCCAUCAAGCCAAUUAUGGAAUCAACAUACGGCAAAGAUUCGGCUACUAAAUGGACUGUUUACUGGAGAACAUUUUUCAUAGCUGUAGCAGAACUUUUUGGAUACAAUAAUGGUGAAGAAUGGAUGGUUGUACACUUUCUUUUCAAAAAGAAAUAAAGAAAGUCAAAACCACUCCUCUCUUGAUUUGCGAAUUGAGUCCAGAUUGAGCAAGAGAGAAAGCGAAAGAAACUUUUCAACGAGGCUGCGUGCUUGAAUAAUUCUUGUUUUUAUUGAUAAAUCAGUUUGAUUUGGUUGUCUGCAGACUUUUUUUUUUUGGUCAGAGUGAAGUCUUCUCUAGGAAAAUAGAUAUCAGCAGAGAUCAAUAAUAAAAGACAUUUGUAGUUGAAACAGAACGCGAAUGAAAAAAAAAACAUUUUAGUAUGGUAGAUGAUGCAUGACACAAAAUUGCAAGUAAAAUCAAGAAGAAUCCAUUUUAAUGACUGAGUUGACUCAUGUGG